CACAUUAUUGAUUACUUUCUAUUAAUUUCAUUACGUAGUAUAUAACUAUACCAUCCUCAUUUCGAUCACGAAUUGCAUUGAUUUCCUUUUCAACAUCAUACAUUUUUUAUUCAUUUAUACUACGUACUAUUGUUAAUCAUGGUGAUUAGUUUCUAAUAUCCAAAUCCUGUAAAGGCUAAAACAGUUAAUAAAUUAUGCAGUUAUAGGCCUAAUUUAUGGAGAUUAAAUUUCGUAAGAAUACAUAUACCAUUUGCGUAGACUCCUUCUACAAAUACACCAGCUUGGUCAAGUGGUUGAUUAUCAGAUAAGUUUCGCAGUUAUCCAAUUAACUUCCUUCUACACGUCUAUACUUACAUAUAUAUAUAUAUAUAUACGUGUAUGUGCAUCACCGUUGUAUUUGGAUUGUUUUCUUGUUGAUCGGAGGCAGCGUUGCAUUUUGUUUCUUAGGAGUUAUCUCGGGAAGAUGAAGGAGAACGCAGGAAACCCUCUCCAUCUCACGUCACUGAACCAUGUGUCUCUCUUGUGCCGAUCCAUCGAAGAAUCUAUGAACUUUUACCAGAAGGUCUUAGGGUUCUCCCCUAUUCGAAGACCUGAAUCUUUAAAUUUUGAAGGCGCUUGGUUAUUUGGACAUGGAAUUGGAAUACACCUCUUGCGUGCCCUAGAACCUGAGAAACUUCCAAAGAAGACUGAAAUUAACCCCAAAGAUAAUCAUAUCUCUUUCCAGUGCGAGAGUAUGGGAGCAGUGGAGAAGAAGCUUGAGGAAAUGGAGAUAGAGUAUGUGAGGUCUAAAGUGGAAGAAGUAGGGAUCCAAGUGGACCAGCUCUUUUUCCACGACCCUGAUGGUUUCAUGAUCGAGAUCUGCAACUGUGACAGCCUCCCCAUCGUCCCUCUCGUAGAAGGAAUGGCUCGGUCUUUCUCAAGAGUCAAACUCCAUCAGAUGGUGCAGCCGCAAACCCAGACCCACCAAGUGGUCUACCCGUAACGAUCUCUGUUGUCAUUGUGUGUAUAUGUAUUUUCUACUUGAUUAUGAAGGUAAUGAAUAAGAGACCGACGUGAAUCAAUGAA